CGAUAAGCAUAAUGGAAACGAUGCUUUUUAAUCGCUUUGUACUGGCCUUCCAAAGCUGACGUUUAAGAAAAAAAAAAGUUUGAUCAUUUCACGUUAGACAGUGUGAUUGUUUGCACGAUUCGCUAUUUGUUUAAAUCUCUUGCAGCUUCAGAAUGGUGUUUUGUGUUGAAGUCAUUGGAUGGGGAAUUAUGGUGGUGAUGGGAGCCAAACUUCUGUUCAAUUGCUGCUAUUUCUUCUACACCACAUACCUGGCCGCAGCUUUAGGACAUAAUCUAGGCCCUCAAAUUAAACAAUACGGCUCUUGGGCAGUUGUGACGGGGGCAACGGAUGGAAUAGGAAAAGUUUACGCUCAGCAAUUGGCAGCCUUAGGAUUAAAUAUUAUACUCGUCAGUCGAUCAUCCGCAAAACUGCAGCAAGUGUCAGACGAGAUAUGUCGUCAAAAUCGUGAGAUCCAAAUCAAAACGGUAGCUGUCGAUUUCACUGACGGCAAUGCCAUUUAUCCUAAGCUAAAGAAAGAACUGGCGCACCUGUUUGGACAAAUAGGAAUACUAGUCAACAACGUCGGUACGAAAUUGCCACACUGUCACAUCGCUGAUGUUCCAUCUGGCGAACAGUUUAACGAGAUCAUUAAUUGCAACGUUAUGUCGAUGGUCCGGCUGACCAACAUGCUUCUGCCUGCCAUGAGAAAGAAAAAGAGAGGAUUGAUCAUCAAUAUUGGAUCUCUUUCCGGUACGGGAUUUUCUCCAAUGAGGACCACCUACGGAGCUACGAAAGCUUUUGUUGACAAGUUUUCGUGCGAUUUGGCUGCAGAAUGUCGUUCAGAAGGCGUCGUUGUCCAGUCUAUAUUGCCAGGUUACGUAGCAACAAAAUUGCCCGGAUUGAGUGGUAAAUCCAGUUUCGAUGUGCCAACAGUCGAAACGUACGUGGAGGCUGCAAUACGCUCUCUCGGAGUAGAAACUAGAACAGCAGCUUACUGGUUUCACAAGAUACUGCUAUACUGGACUGAACUUCUGUACUUUUUCGUCCCAAACUUCGUUCAGAAAUUAACAGUGAUUGUCAUAAGCCGUAAAACACAAAUGGCGAACGUCAACAAACACGAGUAGAAGAGCUGAAUAUGAAUACACGCGUAUA